GAACCAACUAUCAAGAGCCGUCAAGAAAAGAAAAGAAAUAGGUCGAAAGCUUAAGACACAAGUUCAUGUACAUGUUAAAAUACUUAGUUUUAAUCAGUUCCAGCCAUAUUAGUUGAACUUAUCCAGUUAAAUCAACCGUUCAUGAGGUACCUCUAUAUCCUAACGAUGACAGCUGUUUGCAAGAGAUAGAUAACCCAUAACCUCAGCGAGCAAUCAAAGUGAAGUUAUAUACAUGGCAUAAAACUGUUAGCAAUGGCAGACAAGCACAGCCUGAACUAUGAUGUGAGAGAGCUGAAACUGGGUGCCAGCUUUACUAAUAACAAGUCUUCGCAGUACCACACCAUUAAAUAUGACUUCAAACCUGCCUCAGUGGAUGUUAACAAAAUGGCUACUGUGGAUGUUGGCAUCAAUAACCAAGUGACUGUGACCGUGCCACAUUUGGAUGGUGCUGGAGUUCCACAGACGGUAUUCAAAGGCAGCCAAAGACCGUACGCGAAGGAAUGCGUGCUCAUCAUAGACAGAGUCACUGGGGAGAUAACCUUGGAGAAGCUCUCCAGUAAUAUACAGGUUAAGAAGACAAGACAAGAGUCGGCGCAGAAGCCGCGGCCCCUCACACCGGUGACCAGCGAGCUCACCAACACCACGCAGCGCUCCACGAGCCGCACGCGCGUCGCCACCAACCGCCGGACACACAACACGGCGGCGCCGGCGCCGGGCAGCCAGGCGGCGCGCUACGGCGGCGCGCACAAGACGCCGCCCAACAUGGUGCGCUCGCCGCAGCGCGUCAAGACCUCCCCCCCGCAGGCCGCGCCCUGGGCGGGCGGCGGCAACAGCACGCUAGCGUCGCUGCCGAUGAUCGGGCUGGACGAGCUGGCGGGCCCCGCGCCGCCGCCGGCGCCGGCGCCCGCGCACAACGGCUACGCCGCGCCCGCGCCCGCGCCCGCGCCCGCGACGCACCUGAACGGCUACGCGACCAACAACGGCUACUUGCCGCGCCACCACACCGAGCCCCGCGCGCCCGAGCCGCGCGAGCCCCGCGCCGACCACAGGCCGCCCGACCACCGCGCGCCCGACCACAGGCCGCCGAACCCACAGAUCAAUGUGGUGAGUACUGUAGCUCCGCGACCAACAACGGCUACUUGCCGCGCCACCACGCCGAGCCCUGCGCGUCCGAGCCGCGCGAGCCCCGCGCGGCCGACCACAGGCCGCCGAACCCACAGAUCAAUGUGCUCCGCGACCAACAACGGCUACUUGCCGCGCCACCACGCCGAGCCCCGCGCGCCCGAGCCGCGCGAGCCCCGCGCCGACCACAGGCCGCCCGACCACCGCGCGCCCGACCACAGGCCGCCGAACCCACAGAUCAAUGUGGCCGCCGAACCCACAGAUCAAUGUGGUGAGUACUGUAGCUCCGCGACCAACAACGGCUACUUGCCGCGCCACCACGCCGAGCCCUGCGCGUCCGAGCCGCGCGAGCCCCGCGCGGCCGACCACAGGCCGCCGAACCCACAGAUCAAUGUGGUGAGUACUGUAGCUCCGCGACUAACAACGGCUACUUGCCGCGCCACCACACCACAGGCCGCCCGACCACCGCGCGCCCGACUACAGGCCGCCGAACCCACAGAUCAAUGUGGUGAGUACUGUAGCUCCGCGACUAACAACGGCUACUUGCCGCGCCACCACGCCGAGCCCUGCGCGUCCGAGCCGCGCGAGCCCCGCGCGGCCGACCACAGGCCGCCGAACCCACAGAUCAAUGUGCUCCGCGACCAACAACGGCUACUUGCCGCGCCACCACGCCGAGCCCUGCGCGUCCGAGCCGCGCGAGCCCCGCGCGCCCGACCACAGGCCGCCGAACCCACAGAUCAAUGUGGUGAGUACUGUAGCUCCGCGACCAACAACGGCUACUUGCCGCGCCACCACGCCGAGCCCCGCGCGCCCGAGCCGCGCGAGCCCCGCGCCGACCACAGGCCGCCCGACCACCGCGCGCCCGACCACAGGCCGCCGAACCCACAGAUCAAUGUGCAGCCGCCCGCGGACGACAGCUCGUCGUCGUCGUCGAGCGACAGCGACUCGGACAGCGGCAGCGACAGCGACGACGACUCCGCGCCGCCGCCCGCCAACGCAGGUCCAGGUCCCACGCUGCCCAGCGAGCUGCUCAACGACGAUCUCUGCCUCUCGGAGUCCGGCAGCGACUCCGACUGACCUCACGGAAACGCUUUUCCUUUCACAUUCGCUACGGACACGCCGAGGCGGCAAGCGUGAUGCUUGCCGCGUAAGUAAUCUUAGGCUAGCACUUCACUUCGCCUUAUAUGCCUAAGUUUGUUGUUGCAUCUCGUUCCUUACUGUAAAAAAACAUACAGAUGCAGAACCGUACUUGCGCACAUAAGGCGAAAUAAAUUGUCAGCAUUAGGCUUGAGGUAAGUGGCAAGUGUCAAGUAUGUGUCGACUGUUCUGAUUUUCUGAACUGUCCCUCAGCGUAGGUUUAUCAGAAUUGUGAGAAAGUAACUCCUAUUUAAGAGUCUCAUAUAGUCGAAGUUACGCUCUCAUUUUAACCUCCUGUUUACUGUCCUCCUUCCUUUACGCGCGCGGGACUACUGCGACUCGAGCCGCAUAAAAUAACUAAGUCCAAAAAACUCCUCCACGUCAUGGGCCGUAAGGUGUAAAUCUACCGCGAAAAAUUAUAACAGCACAAAGAGCUUCACUUUUUAAAGCAAACUUAAACAAUGACUUCCCACGUUUUACGACCACAAAGAGCUAUUUAAUUAAUUAUUUAAGUUAAAUCUAUGGUUUAAAAUAUGAUAUUGUACAGUCAGCCAAGAAAGUGGUUUCCCACUUUUCGACUCUAUUACUUGACAAAUAGAGUCGAAAGUGGUAAACCACUUUCUUGACAAAUAGAGUCGAAACCACUUUCUUGGCUGACUGUACUUACACACUAUAACAUAUUGACAUGUAAUUUUAUAUUAUCAAUGAAUUUUUUUGUAUGUGUUUCCCAUCACGGAACACGGAGCAAUGGUGUUCUGGACCUUUAGGCACCGUGCGUGGAGCCGAAGCCAACACGUAGAGGCCGACACUUUAAUGAAAUGUAAGGGGUACACCAAGCAGAUGUUGCCCUUGUCUGUAUCAUGAGACGCACGCAGAGGCAGCACCCGCCAGGAUGUAGGGACUAUUGAGAGUUGAUGGAAUCUAAAAUGAACUAGGUUAUUGGGUGAAAGCGAUGGACUAAGUACUGGGCUAUGGUAUAAAAAACCGGACGCCUACCUAAUAAAACGGUAUGCAUAUAAAUUAUUAUGAUUAUGAUUACACGUGGUACAUAAAGCCCAAUUAAAUAUACUCUUUACUAAUUUGACAGAAUUCAAUUUUGAAACCGAGUCGUCAGGAGGCCCAACGACGUGCUGAAAUUAAAUUAAAUUUGGCAUGAAAAUUUAAGUAACAAAUCUAUGUCUGGUUCUAGUUUUGGUUGCUAAAAAGUGUAAAACAAAGAAAAUUGAGCGAGUAGAAUCUUUAUAUGUAAAAUUUUUACACGCUCUAUAUCCAUAUUUGAGUGUUCAUACCCUGAUUCAUGUUGUUUAAGCUUGUCGUUUUAAAAUAACAGCGUGACUUGUGUUGUAUGCCAGCAGCUAGGUUCUUGUGACUCUUGAUUUUCUUCUUUAAAAGCUGCAUAAAUUCAAAAGCACCUUAUUAGUAAUUUCCGAUGUGGUGGGGAUGUUAUGUUAUUAUUGGCUCGUUUUGGCGUAUAUAUUGUAUUUCUUGUGAAAAAAUUAAUUUUCAUUAAAAAUUAUUUGCAGCUUGAUUGUGUCCAGUUCUGAAUAUAAAUAUCACGAGCAUGAAUUUUUUAUUGAAAUACUUCAGAGAAUUAGUAGGCAUACAUUAUCAGUUUGAUGCCUUGACGCUUGCCAUGAUUUCGUCACUUGGCCGCAUUCGCCGUAUACUCGUAUAGCAUCUCUGUUGCGCGCAAUAUUUGGCUGAUGUGCUAAGUGAAGUGCUCUUAACUAGUAAGUAACGGUACAUAAACUGGAUAAGUUGAUUAAUGUAUUAGUCAUUUUAGUAAAUCACGACAAAUAUCAGUUAUGUAUCCGUGACAUAACAGAUAAAAAAAAUGUGCCUCAAGUUUAUACAGAUACUUAUAUUUUAUGCCAAUAUUGUAAUACAUUUAUAUAGAAUACGCCAAGAUUGUUUAUACUUUAAAGUAAUAAUGUUAUAUCUUAACAUACGUUUUAUUUAUAAUAUUAUUUUUAAUGAAAUUGCAAUAAUAUAUUUUGUGUACAGCUAGAUGAAGGAGCAUUGGAGGUAUUACGUAAUACAAAUCGAUUUUAUUAUUAUUUAAAAGUGACUUUGAACAGAAUUCGAUCUCACUACUAACCGGGGUAUUCUUGUAAUAUGCCACGAGGUAGAGCGUUUUCACAAAAUAGCAUUUUGCAGCAUGCAAACCAGCAUUUUCAACAGUUCCUCUUGAGUUGACAUGGCCUGUUAAAAUAUUAGUCUAUAAUUGUUUAUGGUACAGUCCAGAGACUGGGGUGGCAUAUACAAGCUCGUAUUCAUAUGGACAAUUUGUUUUACUUGAUAUCAACAUAAAAAUUGGAUAGGACGUCUCUGAUACUUAUGGUUCUUACGUGUUAAAACAGUAUCCUUCACUAAACUAAAUUCAUACUAAAAUUACCUAUAUGUCUAAUGUCUAUCUAUUAAUUCACGCUGAUCCCGCUAAAUCAAAUUAGGUGCAAUUUGCAAAGAGAUAAUUUUAGUUCCGGACUCGCUAGAAGGUAAUAUUUUUAUUAUAGCAAUCAAAAAGUUAUUGAUGGCAUGAGAAGUGUAAGUCUAAGAAAACAUAGUGCCCUUGAGUAUGAUAGCUGAACGCUAGCGCUGUAUGGUGAUAACUGAAGUCAAAUGUCAACCUUCAAAAUUUAAAGUUAAAUUCAAAUUCAAAGUAAGAACUUAUUAGACUAUACUCACUUGUACAAUCUGUGGUUGCAAUUAAGUAAAUAUUGCUAGUAAUGGGCCCCUGCACAGCACUCUUGCACUAAAUAAAUAUUUGACAGUAAGGGAUAAUACAUAUUGAAAUAUAUACAAUUUGUCUACUGUAAUAAAAUAUUCUUUAUACUUUAUAUACUGUAUAUUUCAUAAAAUUACGUUGAUGGUGACAUUGACACUACCUUUAUGAUUGUACAGUCUCAGCAGAAUUAGCUUUGUUCAAUUCCACUCCCAUGCUGAAUAUAUUCAAAUUAGUUUGGUUUAGUUAAUGGUUCUGUUUAACCGAAGAAGGCAAAACAUUUACUUAUUACGAAUUUAGAUAUUAGAAUAUGGGAAUCAUGUUUCUGAUUAUAAAAGGUUAUUGUUCGUUGCAUAUGUACAUAUACUAGCAAAACCUGAAAUUGUGUGCCUUCAGAGAAUUUGGUUGCUAGUGAAGUGUGUUGCUACAUAUAGUUUUAUAAGUGUUAAGAAAUAAGGCCCGCAAUUCGGUGGAACCAGUUAUUUCUGAAAAAUCGUAUUAAACUACAUAUUUUUAAAAGUAUUUCUCAAUCUGUGAAAGGUAAAUAGGCGGGUCCACACAGAGCGAGCAUACGCGCGAGGCAAUUUCCUCGCGCACAAAACGGCCACUGUAGACGUGCCUCGGCCGAGGCAGAGCGCACAUUUUCCUCGGGCGAGCGCGACUUUGACCGAGCCGCUCGGUGUCGGGUUUUCGGCAUGCUCAAAGGCGCCUCAGUAGUGGUGGGUCGUUGACGGUUUUCGCUUCAACGAAACGAAACGUUAACUUAGAAAACAUCAACUAGUUGAUUUUGUCAACUAGGUUUUUGCUUUAACUGAAGAGAAAAAGGCAUUCGCACCAACGGAGUCUAGUCAGUUCCAUUGUCGAUCAACGAAAGUAUCUUUCAAUCAACGUCGACUAAUUCCAUCUCGUUUUCGAGCCCUUGCUGUUUGCGUCGUUGCUUCUCGCUCGCACUGGUGUCAAAGGAAUCGGGUCGAGUUGAAUCAAUGAAUGAGAGGCAUAUUGAUCUCAACUAUACUGCCAUGCCAUUAGCUUAGCGUUCCAUUUCGAUUACGUUUGUACGUUAAAGUCGUCAACUAGUUGAGUCUGUUACACAAAACGUUUCAUUCGUUGACGAAUGUUGUACAUCCGCAUUUGUGGAUAAAACAUAGUGAUCGAAAUGUAUUUAAUCGUACCACCUAUAUACACCUAUGUUGAACAAAUAAAAUUCUGAUUCUGAACGAAAAACGUUUUAUCAACUAGUUCGUUGAAUCAACGACCACCACUACGCCUCAGUCGUUUGCCGCGCGCCGGUCGGGACGUGUUUGUUUGGUGCGCGUGUUCUUUUGUUCUGUAUAUCAAAUUGGAAAAUUGAAUAAAGACCAAUGUUGUAAAUUAAUAUCCUUUUAAAUCAAAUACAUGAUAUGGGAUCCCAACUAUACGAAUAGGGGAAUUAGGAUUGAUGUUUAAUUUGAUUGUAAAUUUAAUAAAUAGACGGAGUUUGCUGGACGAGUCUUCCAUCGCUAAAUAUCGCUGCGUGGGAAGCACCAUCUCUCUGAAAGUGAAACUUUUUUUCAAUUUGUAUCUUGCCAUUUAAUUUUAACGUGUAAUUGAGAACAUAGCAAGUCGAAUCACUCCUUUUAAAACUGCGUUUAAAAUUCGUCUUGUCUUGACUUCAUUUUCUAACCUCAAAAGAGCCGAUUUCCGAUGAAUGAUAUUUAUAGAUUUGUUGCACCCAAAAUCUUCUGCAACUUGUUCGUUUUCGUUUUAUCUUUUGGGUUGCUUUGAAAAUCAAAAGAAAACAUACACGAACCACAGCAUUGAAUAUGUGCAGCAUCAUUUUGAACAGCUGACUGAGGGACGCCAUCUUGCCGAGCAAAUUGGCUCGGCUGAGGCAAAAGUUACACGAGCACGCGGCCGGCGGAGGAAUUUUCCUCGCGAGGCUGCUCACUCUGUGCGGACCCGUCUAAUAACUAAAAACCUCAUAUUUUAACCUUGUUAGUUUAAUAUAAUAGUGUUUGUAUAUUAUGGUUUAAAUUAUCAAUAUUGACAUGCGAAUAAAAUAACUGCGUAGCAGACAUUGAUCUUGUGAAUAAUCUAUCAUCGACAAGUUGAAACUUGGAUAUAUUUUAGGUUUUAGUUAAAAAUUUUUGCUCAAUUUUAGGUUUUGCCGAAUAUUUUUAUUUAUAUUAUACACGUGUCAAAGUUAUAUGUGCUUCCAAGCCACGUCAUAGUACACUAACUCUUGUAAAUACUUAGUUACAGUACAAUAAUUGGACUAUAACAUCUUUUUUAAUAAAUACAAUAAUGUUUUGAA